AUUGAACAAUCCAUUGCUCUAAUAAAAGAUGCUCUUCGAGACCAUCAUUAAUAUCAGUCGGAUAUCAGUUAUUUCUAUAGCAGACAACGUUUUAAUCAACAAUGCUAACCCACCAGUAUAAAUUUGUCUUCUCAACAAUUACCAUGAUCAUUUUAAACUUGGUGCAGGCAAAGGAUUAUUGUAAUCCUUCUCUCUGUCGUAAGGAUAUAAAGCAUAUAGGAUGCAAAAACAAUGGUCACUUUUCCUCCACUUGUCCAUCUGAUGCCAGAAUGGUUAAUAUGGAUGGAAAACUUAAGACUACACUUGUCAAAGCCCACAAUGAAAAAAGAAACUUUAUAGCUGGAGGCGGUGACCGUAGACAUUCCCCUGCUUGCAACAUGGCCACCAUAGAAUGGGAUGAUGAAUUAGCUUCCUUGGCAGCUCUUAAUGUGCGUCAGUGCCGCAUUGUUCAUGACAAAUGCCACAAUACCGAUCUGUUUAAGUUUUCCGGCCAGAAUUUGUAUUUGUCCAGCUUUACGAGCGCUGACAAUGAUGCAGAUAUGUUACGCAAAGCUGUGGAAUCCUGGUUCAAAGAAAAUGAAAACAGUCGUAUGCAGUUCAUCAACAAAUACCCUGGCAAUGACGAUGCACCAACAAUUGGCCAUUUUACCGUUAUGAUGGCUGAUCGAAAUACACGUGUGGGAUGUGCAGCUGCCACAUAUACCGAAGCUGGGAAAUUUUUCAAAUGGUAUCUCUUGGCCUGCAAUUAUGCUACAACCAAUAUGAAAAAUCAAUCCAUAUAUAGCGCAUGUCGCAGUCCAGCCUCUGGCUGUAAAACUCGUACAAAUCCUGCUUACCCAAAUUUGUGCACACCAGCCGAAAAAUAUGACGUCAAUAAGAUGAGGAGCUAAAUUCCAAAAAUGAGUGUCCCAAAUAAAUAAAAAAAAAAUAAACUAAACAAGUAAAAUGGCAA